UAUUGUAUAUAGAUCUACGGUAUGCCCCGCCCUUCAUUUCUAGUUUGGAUUUGCGGAAGUAAGGAAUUCAUGAUGUAGUUUAGUUGCGAUUGUGCAAACACACAGACGAUUCAAUUCAAAUAGUAGUUAUUAAUUUCACAAGCUUUCGUGAGACGAUGUGUACUGGUUGUUUACAAAAAGAAUACCCGGACAGGGGAAAUACUUGUCUGGAGAAUGGAUCCUACCUCAUGAAUUAUGUCGGCUGCGCUAAUUGUCACCAGAGGGACUUCGUUAUGAUAAGCAGUAAGACCACGGUAGAUGAGGAUGGAGAGGAGCUUGUCACCUAUCUGCAUAUGUGUAAAAAUUGCGACCACAUCAUAGCGCGCCAUGAAUACACCUUCUCGGUCGUGGAUGACUAUCAGGAAUACACAAUGUUGUGUAUGCUGUGUGGGAAAGCCGAAGAUUCCAUCAGUGUUCUCCCAGAUGACCCCAGACAGACGGCCCCACUCUUUUAGAAGCCUUCUCGUGACCACCUCUAACACCGAGUUAGCAUAGUUUGGGAGGUUUUUCUUCGACACCUCUCCUGUUGAGGUGGGCAUUAUCAGUAGCUGUUCCCAACAUUGCUACAUGUCCUGAAAUUGAGACAUCAUAAGCUUUUAUAUCCAAAGCUCUGGUCAUUCCCAGUCUUGUACCAAUUUGUCUUGGGGGUACAAUCUUGAAAGGUCAUAAGAGGUGGCUUUUUAGGUUCCACUGCGAUUGAAUCCAUUUGGAAUGAGCGCAUGAAAGCACUCGAACUUGAGAGAAAUUCUGUCCUAGAACAGGUACCAUACAGAACAGUCGGCUAUCAAGCUAUCCAGACCAUUACAACUGGAGAAUAGGCAAACACAGCCUUAGAGGACCACAGCAGAGGCCAAUCAUAGAUUUUCAUUUACAUUCUGCAGAAAAGUUAUAAGUGUUUCUUUUUUAAUCCUACUCUCAACCUGAAUUAUUCAACUUUUUAAAAAUAUUUUUGAACAGUUUAGCGUGUCAUACAACAAGAGGGAUAUGUAUGUAUGUAUGCUUUGUGGGAUAAUUUGAGUAAAGAAAUAAAGACAAUGGCUCAGGAUGUUUUCAUCUAAA